UUUAGAACGAAUUCAAACAUGUCUAAAGCUGAACAGGAUAGUAUCUCGAUGAUCACAGGAUACCUGAUUGUACUUCAUUAUCGCAUGCUAGAGAGAAGGUUCUAGAAUCCCUCUGAACCAAUUUAUGGAUAUUUAAAUCAGUUGCCUGAGAAAAUGUCGUCAUCACCAAGGCAACGAGCGAACUUGAGCCGCUGAUGCUUCAUAUAAAUCAAAAGGUGUUACCUGGAGUGAAAGAGAAUUCACAAAGGUGUCCUGGCCUGUACAGUUGUACAGUUUAAAUAGUAUCGCUGGCUUGAAAGUAGCAGCGUACAUUUGCUUUAGUAAAAGAUUAUAUUGACACUUAAAGACAGUCAUCAGUGUCAUUUAAUGAAAAUUAAUUGGAAAAAUAUUUCCAUUGUUGGACACUAAUUGGGAAACAUCGUAAGACAUUAAGAGAGAAUUAUGCCAAGGCGUGUUUAGCGUCUGGAAACGGGACUUCAUCUGCUCAUGGGUCGAUAUCAUAAGAUCCUUUGCUUCUCAAUGUUCUGACAUACAAUUGCAAGUCGAGUCGGCUCAACAAAGAUAUAAAUGUCAAUUUAUACUAUUAGCAUCAACAAGGGGACUAUAUAGUCUAAUGUUAUAUAGCGCUAAAUAGCCAUCACAUAAAGGGGAGUUGGAUAUUUGACAAUGGGAAACGCCCUAUGAAAUAUUCAACGAAAUUAUAAGCAUACACGUCUAAAAUCAGCCUCUUCCAGUCGGAUAUAAUCAAAUCAUUCGUUUUAAAAUUGGAUCUUACGUAGUUUUUGAAGUAGACAGUAAGGCACGUUAAUAGGUUUGGAGUGGCUUUCCAGUAUAAUUGAAAAUGCGGGGACGAAUGAUUCGCGUGACUUGUUCUGAACGCUACAUGAAACAGAAUAUGCUAUGCAUAAAGAAGGAAGAAAAGGCCAAAUAUAAUAUUAAAUGAGUGACCUUUAAGAAGAAUUUACAUACAGGUGGCAAAGUUGGAUAUAUCCAUACCUGGAAUGCAAUACAGACGCUUCAACGAGCACUUUCGUCUGAGUAUGUUCACGGAUUUAUGCUAUGCAAAUGUAACGAAGCUAUUCUACAGAGGAUACGCAAACAUUUCAAAUGCGGAUUAAAAGUCAGUGAGAAACCAAAAGAACAUACCUUUAGAAAAACAACAUCAAGAAUCUACAAAUAAGAAGAGUAUAUUAUUAAUAUUGAUAGCUUGUGUACCUGAUAGAUAAAACAAAAAAGGACAUUUCCAAAGUUGACAUAAAAAGUAAGACAUGCCUUACUUGUAAAUGUAAAGACAGAUAAUCUCAAUAUCAAAAGUAAACAUACAAGUCGAGCAUUUACCCAUAAGAUGGCCUACGGUUGGGUAUCACUCAUCGGAUCUAUUCAAUAGGAAGGUUUUGCAGUCAACACAAUAUUUGCAUUAGACACGUUGAGAGGAACAGUCUUCGGGCCUUUUAUAUUGGAUACCGUCAUAGUACAACAAGUUAAUGUGCGAUAUAUUACACACUAACGAUGAUAAUUGAAUAGAAUGGAAAACAAUUAUACGCAAGAUUAAACGAGUAUGUAUGGAUACCGAUUGCAUAUAUGAUACAUACAUAUUGUAAUAUUACAUAGUUCUAUCAUAUCUACAUUGCGUAGUCUUCACGUGCGAAUACAUGAUUCGCCUCCAGACUUUUAGAUACUUAAUACGAGCUUAACCGGUCUGUGACUUAUUGAUAUAGGCAUAUAUGGAAGUAAAUUGGAUUAUGCAACGAGAGCGUCUUUCGAUCGGAUCAAGAACUAUACAAUAAGUGUUAAGUCGAUUUAAUGUCUCCCUAUUAUAUUUAGUAUUGUACUUAAACUUUCUAUCGGAUAACAUUUAGAGGCCUAUUUGACUGUGACUAUUUUCGGAUCAGCAAUUCCAACACACCCAGAUUUAAUGUUUGGAAGGUCAUACUGGAUUUACCACAAAGACGUAUAACAGUGAACAUAUAUGCAAAAGAUAGCUUCACAAUAAAUCGUAGAACUACCUGUAUAAAAUAACCAGGUGUAUUUUGCCUAUGGGUGCAUCGUGCCUAAUAAGAAACUGCAACUGACGGUUUUAUAAGUAAGGAAAAUAUGAUGUAUUAAAUCGAGAAAUCAUGCAUAGGACUAAUUGGAAUCGACUGGGUAAUCGAUAUUCAGGUGGGGUAAAUAUCUAAGGCCUAUUCUUAAUUACUCCUGUUGGCACAAAUUAUGUCGGGAAUAAAAACAUAAGAUUUUUCUAUUGACCAUGACUAACAUAGUGCUACAAGAAUUAACUUUAGAAUUAAUGGCUAUACGUGUAUUAUCGAGUCUCUGCAGGUGAUAUUCCUCAGGAAAAACACUAUCAAAGAAGCCGGCUUUCACAACAAAUUGUUUUAUAUGGAGAGUCGUGUCAGGAAAACAUACUAUGGCGUAUUUGAGUAACAUGUUAUCGCCGAGUAGAACACUAGAACGCGCCUGCGGAACAGAACAUACAGCGAAGAAUCGCAUUUCUAUUCAUUAAAUGCUAAAAUAGCAUUUUCCCGUCGAGAUUGGCUAAACAGUUGUUUGAAAUAUCUUUGGAGUUAAGAUAAACCGAGACAAAUGUGAUUAUUCGGUGAGAAUUGCUUGUUUUGUUUUAUAUCAGUGUUAAGUGGAUUAAUCAUAAACAGGUACAUUGUUGUAUCUGUUCGUCAGAUAGGACUAUUUCAUUCAAUACAGUGUAGUCCUUCCAGCGGAAUGGUCGUCAAAGUGUUAAUGUGGUGCUUAUAUGAUUUGACUGAAACUUCAAAUUGGAGGUAUGACCUUGACUUUAGGUCACGUGCACGUCACAAAAUGUCAGCUGACACACUUUGUAAUUGCAACGAUUUUAUUCAUCAUUAUAAUAUGCCAGAAAUCUCUAGUGGGCAGUGUUCCCAUACGACUUAGGCUAUCAACAGGGAUUACUAAGGAAUCUCAUAUUGGAAUAAGUCCUCAAAUGAAAAAUGACUCUAUGCAAAUAUCCUGGAUUAUUCAAAUAUUUGGAACUCGGACUAAAACCUUGAAGAGUCAUCAACGUUUUAGACGAAAAGCAGUUAAUUCAACGCUGCCAUCUAUAAAGGAAGUUCCGUACUCAAAUGUCGAAAACGUGUCAGUAAAUCAACCCCUUAUCGACGUUUCUCCAGUAACUACUGACACACAUAGUCCCACUGUAAAGAAAAAGAACUUUACAAACUAUUUUCACAAUGAAAUUGAACUAUGCAAAGUUAAUUGCCAUCCUAGAAAAGACAAAUCAGUCCUGUUUAGCAGUAGUUUAAACUUGGUAAUAAUACCGAUAUUUGCUUUCCUUUUCUUCUUGUUCUUCUCGUGUCUGAGGUGCACACGUUGGUGGAAGGAAGACGUCUGGUAUGCAGACAUGAAAGAUUACCAAAAACUUGCUGAAGAGGCUAUUAAAAGAUACAGACUUCGUUCCCAGAUUUACAGGCGUAUGUCGCUCCCUCCAAGUUUACGCAGUGCCGCUUCGUUAAGAGAAGCCCAUAAAGAACAGAUCCGCCAAUGGAUGGAGGCAGAGAGAAUUGGGCAAAGUGUUGAAUGUGAUAGUGACAAUGAAAGCAAUAACGACACUCACGCCCAUGUACAUAUAAACCCUCUACCCCAGGUUAAGGAUAUAACACCCAGGGGAUUGCGUGCCAGUAUAAGCUUUAAUGAUUUCCUUAAAGCUAAUAACCAAGAUGUUACAACUGACUUGAUCAAUAGUAAUGAUUCCUUCGGCGCUGGUGACAAUAUAGAUGGUAAUGUAAAUUCUAGCAUGUCUAUGCAUUCUCAUAUCGAACCAUAUUCAGAUUUUCCUGAGCCUCAGCUUUGUCUGUCAAGUACUCCGACCUUCAAUGAAUCUAAACCAAAGCUCAAAGGAAUACUUAAGCUCUCGGAGGAAAGCAAUUUAUUUAUGUCCGAUAUGCCAUUUAACAGAAGUGAUUCCGUGUUAACAAUGGGUUACGUACCUCCUCCCCCGAAUUUUACAGAUCAUCGACACCACGGGAAACACGGGGGAAAUUCCCAGAGGAAUUCCCCGAGAAGUUCUCCGCGAAGUUCUCCAAGGGUUACCCCUCAUACCUCACCACGUCCUUCCAUUGACUAUAGGAGGAGCUCCUCCUUACGGGAGAACAUUCCCGGGAUGAUUCCACUCCGGAAACGCCAUUCGAUUCACCACAGCCACUUGCGUUCGAAACAACUACUUAAAGAAAUGGACAGAAUGUCAUCUAGCUCCCCUAAUCGCCAUUCUACUGAGAAUUUACUCGCUGCAAAAACAGCAGAAAAAAUUCGAACCGAGAAAAUCAAAAGGCUUCCUAUUCCAAUUCCAAAAAUCAUAUGCACCGAUACUGAGACCGAAGAGACGAUAGUUUUUGACCCACGUCCUCCAAGGAAGAGAGAUGCAAGGCAUAAGAGACACAAGAUGCGUCGAAAACGAGAUUCCUCACAUGACGAUUCGUUUGAUUCUGUCAAAGAAUCGUACAAGGACAAACUGAAACAUUUCAGAGCUUAUACAAGUAUGGAUACAUCAAGUUAUGAACACGAUGAGAAUAGACCCAAGAGACGCCCACUUCCCAAAGGCUCGCCUCCCCCUCGACAUAAAGCAGAAACUAAACCUAAAAUGCGUAACAAGCAAGUUGAAACUUUAUCAAAGAAUUUCGAUGAAAGUUCCUUAUCAUCAGAUGAGCUCCCUAUGGAACAAAGUCCUGUAAAAUGGAGCUUAGGGGGAAGCGCAAGUGAGUGUAAUUCAGGCACUGAAAGUCCUCAGGUAACCCAGAAUCAAUCACCAGAACGCAUGACGUCACACAGAGUGCCGAUGGUCAUCUUACAUAACAACCCAUCUAUUGAUACGUGUCCUACAACCAAUCCCCCAAGAGAGGGGUCUUCUCAAUAUACCUCACGGGAGAGCAGUAUGGAUGAAGACGAUAUUAAAUCCGCAAGUGAUCUCUCAAGUGAAAACCCACCAAGUAAAUCAACUUAUAAGAAACCGAAAUCUAAAGAUGGCAACAUUGUGGACAGCCGUCGAAAUCUGCAAGCCAAACGACAGGGAACUCUUCAACGGCAGGUAUCCGUACGAGACGAGCAUCAACCUGAUAAUAAUAUGCUAAAAGUUCCAUCAUUUGAUGAAAUUACUACGAGUAACUACCCAAUUGUUGUACCUAUAUAUUCCGAGGUACCCAGUCACGGAAGGCAUUUUGGACAAAGGCGAGUGAGUGAAUCGAAUGACUUCACACCGGAAACUAGUAUUGAAGAAGAAGACGAGGAUCAAUUGGAAGAAGAUAGGCGCGAAGACCUAGUAAGUGACGGAAAUAGGAGUGAUAAUGAGAAAACACAUUUUAGUAAUACAGAUGAAUUUGAGAGAAGUGAUACACGUGUGAAAGAUGGUAGUGGAAAAGCAAAUAUAAGUGAGUGUAACGAAAAUAAUAAUGUAUAUGCAAAGGAUCGGUUGCAACGAGAUAUGUUAAAUAAUGCUGAUGGUGUAAGGAUACAAAAGUAUGCAGUAAAUGAUACACAGAAUACGAUUCCAAAUGAUUCCAAAUCAAUGAAAGAACGACGGAACAGUGUUAAGUUUGAUAAUGACCACGAUAACGAGUGUAUUUUUGAAUUUGAAGAUAGUGACGUUACAGAAAACAGGGAAACUAUUUCGACUAAACAUUGCGAAACAGAAUGCAAAUGCAAAUCUGUGUCACCAUGCGGCACAUGUGACAAAGAUGACGUCAUCAACGUAACAAAUUCAAAACACUUAUGAUUGGUUGUUUAGAAGACACAUGUAAUCCCGAGCAUGCCCGCGUUUCUCAUAUCAUGAACACCCUUCUGACUGCCAUAAAAUGUAAACCUCACUAGAAUUAACAAUUACGACAACUUUUACGACAUUGCGACACAUUUACUUUCCCUAACAGAACUACUGGUAUUUGGCCAAUGUAAAACAUAUUAAUUUGCUAAAAUAUACAAAGAUACAGGGUGACCCAAUAAAACGUUACCCCCCAAUUUUGGAAUAACUCGAUGGAAUCUGUGAUUUUUUCUGUGUAGAUAGAGUGUUCAUUUGAGAAAACAGCGGUAUACUUAUAUUGCAUAUAUGAUAUCGAGAUGCAUAGUAUCCAUGUUUUCCGUCCAGAUGUUCUCAAGUGCAAAUGUUCAAAUAUUUUCAAAAAUACUGAAAUAAGGAUUUCUGUCAGAACUAUUUUUGAUGAACUGACUUGUUCAUUUGGUAGAUUUUAAGAUAGACAGAUUUUCUAACUUAAACGUUUGAGUGGUUUGGCGUAAGAGGGAAGACAAAGCAUGGUAUCUCUUUUAUAAGUUGACAAUGCCCUGCAAGGAUAUCGAUGUUACAUGCAUUAAACGCUUUAUCUACACAACAAAUCACGAACAUUUCCUCAUAGUUAA